UCUUAUUCCACCUGAAUCCCUUGCCUUUAGUAAAAUACAUUUCCUCAAAAUUUUAUAAUCUUGCAAGUAGCCAAUGCAAGUUUUUUUGUUUUUUAAUUUGUGAAGCAUACUAUAAGUAUAGCUGCUGGGAUGAGAGCUUUCAUUCACUUAUAUCCAUGGAGAGAGAGAAACAAGAAAGCUUCAAAGUCCUCAUGUUCCCAUGGUUAGCUCAUGGACACAUAUUCCCGUACCUCGAACUCGCCAAACGCCUCUCAACAACACACCACUUCACCAUGUACCUAUGCUCCACCUCUGUCAACCUUGAUUCAAUCAAAUCCAGUAUCUCGUCCGAAGAUGAUGCUGCUGCAUCAGUGAAACUAGUAGAGCUGCACAUGCCAUCUCUUCCUCAUCUCCCUUCCCACCUCCACUCCACCAGGAAUCUCCCCUCCCAUCUUAUCCCAACCCUUAUGAAAACCUUUCAAGAAUCAAGCUCUAGCUUCUCAGAUAUCAUGGAUUCUCUAAAGCCAGAUCUUGUCAUAUUCGACGUAUACCAACCUUGGGCGCCCAAGAUCGCUUCAUCUAAAGGUGUACCUUGUGUCCACUUCUCAACCCCUGGUGUAACAGUGUUGUCUUUCCUCCACCAUUUAUAUACACUGGGUAGUAGGGCCACCUACCCAUUUCCAGCUAUAAGUCUGCCUGAUGAAGAUUUGCUCAGGCAGGUAGCUCUUCUCGCGGAAAAUUUGAACGACGCAGAUGAUGAUUUUGUAUUCGGAGUGAUGACAAGAUCAACAGACAUAGUCUUGUCAAGGAGCUCUAGGCAUGUUGAACAGAAGUAUGCAGACUAUCUCUCUGCUUUGAGCAAAAAGGAGAUAGUAUGCACUGGCCCCUUAAUUGCUGCUGAUGCUAACAAGCACGAUGAUUUCGAGAUAAUCAAGUUGCUAAAUGGGAAGAAUAUUGAUUCUACCUUAUACAUUUCCUUUGGCAGUGAAUGCUUUUUAUCCAAGAAGCAGAUUGUGGAAAUAGCGAAAGGGCUGCAGCUUUGUGAUGUUAACUUUUUGUGGGUGAUCCGAUAUCCUGCUGAGGAGGUGGGCGCGGGCAUCAGAUUGAUCGAAGAAGAACUGCCUGCAGGGUUUCUCGAAACAAUGAAGGACAGAGGGUUGGUUGUGACUAGCUGGGCGCCACAGGCGAAGAUUUUAGGCCAUCCCAGUAUAGGUGGUUUUGUGAGUCAUUGUGGAAGGAGUUCAAUCACAGAGAGCAUGUACUUUGGUGUCCCGGUUAUUGCCAUGCCCAUGAAUGCUGACCAGCCUUUCAAUGCUCAAUUAGUGGUGGAGCUCGGUAUUGGUGUGGAUGUCGAAAAGGAUCACGAAAAUGGAGUGUAUGCGGGAGAGGAGGUUGCCAAAGCAAUCAAUAAUGUGAUGGUGGAGAAGAACACGUUGUAUGAAGGUCUGAAGAGCAGAGCUCGGAGAUUGAGUGAGACGCUGAGAGAGAAGGAAGAAGAAGAGGUGAAUGAAGUAGCUCAGCAGCUAUUGAAGAUUUGUGUCAAGAACAAGAAAUAAGUGUGGCAAACUGUUUCUGGUUUAUCAUUUGUGUUUUAUGAUUGAAGGUGUUCUUGCUGUUCUGUCCUGUUCAAGAUUAAUUGCAACAAGAUAUCGGUUUCUGUCAGUUGUCAGAUUUCUUAAUCAACAUGGAAAUAGAAGCAUAUAUAUAGGCAUAUAGCAAGCCAUAACAAUAUUGGAACUUAGAUGCUUAAAUGAUCAGCACUUAUCCUUCUUCCCUCUUUAGCCUCUCACUCAAUCCACGAGCACGAUGCCUCAGCUCUGCGACGCCCUCCCUUCUCCACCACCUUCCUAAUAGUCUUACCUAUCUCAUCCGCUUUAAACACUCCAUUCUCAUUUGUUGACACCUCCACACAGCUGCCAGCCUCCACCGGCAUCCUAGCGUACAGAUAGCCUCCUCGAGAGUCUGAUAUGGAUUAUGAUUAGACCCCAAGAUUAGGUUUUUUUCCCUUUGAAGUAAUAAAAUUUUGGGAGGGAGGCGUUUUAUAAGGUAAACGGCUGUACCUAGAGCUUCAGGCAAAAAUGAAGCUGACCUUGCAGG